CGGGUGAGAAAGGCUGCGAGAGAAGGAUCUGUACAGCACUAUAUAUAUGCACAUGUACAGGAACGUAUACGAUUCGCAUAAUAUAAUCCGUCAGUAUUACCAAGUCGUAUUAUUAUUCGCACACCCUGUUGCAUUCCUACCCCAACGUUGCAAAGUAUUUGAAAAACGAGAGAAGCAGAAUUUAUUCUGAACUCCCUGACUGAGGAGUGAAUCUCUGGGUUCGUAUUGUUGCAUUCGCUUAGAGAACGAAGAAGCAGUAUCGUCAUUGAGUACAAAAAUUUGUCGAUUUCACUCACCCGUAUUCGGCUUCUCCGGUGAAUUGGUCGUUACGUUGGUCGUCACAGCUCGAGGACGACACGAGGUGGCUGAGACCUGAAACCAUAGGACGAGUACCCACACAAAUUCAUCCUGAUCUCCUCCAAGUGGUGUUCAAGUACAAGGGCAAGGUCAGCCUGCGGUUGUGGAGCUCAUAUAUCCAAACUUGCUGAAAGAGGGGUUCGGGGACUUCCCUAAAAUAAAAGAGCCUGUCUGUCUGAGGAUUCAUCCCGGUUUUCGUCCAACCUGCGCUCGUGAAUCUCAAUCACUUCAUUAAGGAGAGAUGGAUGAAGAGGAUGAAAGAACUAAUAUUAUCAAGAAACCUGGAGGAUGGGGAACAAGACACAAUAUGGCAAUUCUGGGAUUUUGGGCGUUUGCAAUGUCUUACGCUAUGAGAUUUAACAUUUCGAUUGCCAUUGUUUCAAUGGUUAAUCAGACAUAUAUCAAUGAACAGAAAGCCCUCACAAAUUCAGAGUCACCACUUAACAUGAGUGGCGAAUCUCUCACCUGCUCUCAUCUAAAGGCUGAUCAAGUAUACAAUGAAAACGGGACAAUAAUUGAAGCAGAAGACGGAGAAUUCAAUUGGGGGACGGUCGAACAAGGAGUCAUCUUGAGCUCAUUUUUCUGGGGAUAUGUGGUAACGCAAAUGCCAGGAGGCCUGCUUGCCCAUCGCAUAGGUGGAAAAUGGCCGAUGGGAGUGGGGCUCUUGGUGGCAGGGGUUGCGACCUUUUUGACCCCUAUGGCAGCACGCACUCACAAAUACUUAUUGUGCAUCGCUCGCGUUGUAUGUGGACUUGGAGAGGGUUUUGCAUUUCCUUGUAUGCAUGGCAUAUUGGCAGCAUGGGCCCCACCUGACGAAAAAAGCAGACUGGCAAGUGUCGUUUAUGCGGGUGCUCAGUUUGGAACUGCUGCUACCAUGAUUAUGAGUGGUUAUUUGAUUCAUGGGAAUAUUUUGGGUGGUUGGCCAGCCGUAUUUUAUAUAACUGGUGGACUGACAAUUUUAUGGUUCGUUCUCUGGUCUCUCUUUGUAUUUGACACGCCUGCUGGUCAUCCAAGAAUUUCCGUCGAUGAGCUCAACUUUAUUGAGAAAUCUAUUGGCAGUCAAUCUUCUGGCAAGGUUAAAGUUCCUACCCCAUGGAAAGCUAUUUUCAAAUCAAUGCCGUUUUGGGCUAUCAUGAUUGGCCACUUUGGCCACGGUUGGGGAUUAUACACUCUACUCCAUCUACUACCAAGUUACCUGAAAUCUGUACUUAAUUUCGAUAUUAAGCAGAACAGUUGGUUAUCUGCACUUCCUUACAUUCUCAUGUGGAUUGCAUCCAUCUUCCUGACCCAGAUUGCUGAUGUAUUGAUCUCAAAGAAAGUCCUUAGAACGGUCAUCGUUAGAAAGUCUUGUCAGAGCAUUGCUCACUUGGGGUCGGCAAUCUUAUUGAUUGGUGCGGUCUACACGGGGUGCAGCAGGGGGGCAACUGUUUCACUACUGACACUAUCGGUCGCAAUUAAUGGAGCAAUUUACGGGGGUUACGUCGUCAACCAUGUUGACAUUGCCCGAAACCACGCCCACGUACUGAGCGGAAUUACACACACGUUUGCCAAUUUUGCUGGAUUCUGUGUUCCAAUUGUCGCCGGCCUACUUCUCGACAAAGAUUCAUCUUUGGAAAAUUGGCACUGGGUUUUCCUUAUCGCCGCAGCAGUUUAUGUCUUCGAUGUAAUAUUUUAUUGCGUAUUUGCAUCAGCAACAGAACAACCCUGGAAUCGUGGGUACAGUUCUCCUGGCAAAUAGGUUGCAGGAAUUGUUAUUUUAAACUGUAUAUACUGUAAAGUUUACUUUUUGUUUAAGAUAAAAUAUUAUUAAAAUUGUUGUUUAUUAGGAUUAUUUAAUAUUGGUAUUUCUAUACCAUGCAGCUAUAAUUUUAUGGCAAGGAUUUACAUGUAUACAAUAUGAGAUUAUCAAACGCAUUUAAACUCUGUUCUAGUUAAUUUCUAUUCCUUCUUCAUCAAAACAAAUAUCAACAUUUCCUGUGGGAUCAAGAUAACAACCCUGACUAUAAAAGAGAAUUGUGAUUUAUAAAUGUUUAGUAAAUUAGAAAUUUGUACAGGGCAUUAUUAGUUCUCUAAUUCAUUUUUACUAGCGCCACUUUCACAAAUCUCAGCGUUACGUGCAAUGGGAAACGAGUCUUUCACCCAUUCCUCUACUGUUUUAAAUAUUACCAAAAUUAGGGCAGAAAAAAUCUACUUUAUUUUUGCUGUUAGAACUAGGUCAUUUUCAUUUUGUGUGCCCCAUUCCGAGAUAUUUGGGUAUUGAAGUAUUCAGGUUACCUGAAUCAGGUAUUAGAGUAUUUUGAAAUUCGAAAAUUUUUUAAGGCCAGGAAAAUAGUGCAACCAACCAAAAUAUAGUGUAUAAUAUUUUAAAUUAUUACCUAAAGACGUUGAGGAAUGUAAUCAAAGUUGUAUCUCCUUUGAGACAGAUUAAUAAACGUAAGGGUAUAUAUUGAG